CCCCCGGGCUGCGCCCUCCUGCAUCCCCUGGCUGCGGGGGCGUGGGACGGGAGCGGGGGGGGUGCCCUCUCCUCCCGGCGGCCCGGCUGCUUUCCCCGAGGGUUCGGUGAAGGGGAAGUGUUGCUCUCGUCUCGGCAGCCCGGCCGAACAGAUCCCGCCUUCGCCCCGCUCGUUAAUGAUUGAAUCAGCGGGCUGCCCGCAGCGCGCAGCCCCGCCGGACCCGCGGCGCGGCAGCUCCGGCCAUGGCUGUGAACGAGACCAAUGACUAUUUUCUGACGAACAGAGUACUGGAAAAGUAUUAUCUUUCCACCAUGUACAGCCUUGAGUUCAUUAUAGGUGCCAUUGCAAACACCAUUGUGGUGUUUGGCUAUAUUUUCUGCCUGAAGAAAUGGAAAAGCGGCAACAUCUACCUGUUCAAUUUAUCCAUAUCAGACUUGCUCUUUCUGUGCACUCUGCCGAUCCUGGUGAACAGCUACUCCAAAGAUCAGUGGGCAAAGGAGAGCAUCCUGUGCCACAGCAACAGAUUCCUGCUGCACGCCAACCUGUACAGCAGCAUCCUCUUCCUCACCGUUAUCAGCGCUGACCGGUACAUGCUGAUGAAACACCCCUUCAGGGACCACAUCCUGCAGAAGAGGAGAACGGCUGUUGUGGUGUCCGUUGCCAUAUGGAUCGGGGUGAUCCUGGAGCUGCUGCCGCUGCUGUAUUUCCUGGAGCCUCUCACAGCUGCCAACAACUACAAGUGUCUCGAUUACGCCAGCUCUGGAGACCCCGCGCCAAACCUCGCCUACAGCAUGUUCCUGACCGUCUUCGGUUUCCUCAUCCCUCUCUCGACCAUGUGCUGCUUCUACGUGAAGAUGGUUCGUUUCCUCCAAAGCAGGAGCGAGCAGAUCCGCUCCGCCCUGACCCUGGAGAAGCCCCUGGCCCUGGUGAUCCUCACCGUGGUGAUCUUCUCCCUGCUCUUCACUCCCUACCACGUCAUGCGCAACGUCCGGAUCGCGUCCCGCAUACCGGCCUUGAACGUCUCCGAGUGCACACAGGGAGUCAUCAGCACCAUUUACAUCAUCACGAGACCCUUUGCCUUUCUAAACAGUGCCAUCAAUCCCGUUUUCUACUUCCUGAUGGGCGACCACUUCAGAGAGAUGCUGAUGGCCAAAACAAGACAGCUCCUGGGCAGGCUGACAGCCACUGGGAAGUGAAUGAGUAAGCAGACCCCUUGCAGUGGGAGAGGUCUGGGAGGAAACUCUCUUAGGGAGGGCAUUCAGCAAUGUGCCAUUUGUUUAGAUAACUUUAUUUAUGCAAUAGGAUAGCUGAUUGUGUUCCUCUAAACGCACCUGUUACCUUAUUGUGCAGGAGACUCCUGCUGAGCUGCCUCCAGCAAACCGGGAGGGAGGCUCUGCUCGCUCCCAGCGGGACAGCAGUGGGAUACCCCACAGCCCAUUAGUAUGUCAUCCAAAGGCCAUCCAGCCAGCUCUCUGAGGGAAAACACGCUGCCCUCAGACAGCUGCUUUGUGAGCCACAACGUGGGCCCGGGCUGGGACAAAAUGUGCCUUCAUGGUCCCCAGGACAGCCAGGCACGCUCACAUGGGCCCUCACACAGCCACUCACCAGGGUACGGAGCUACCCACCUUAAUUAUAACUGUCUGUAAGUGCCCGUGGAAUCUAUAGCCUCAUGCAGAAUUUAGACCUCAGAGUUCAAACUUCAUUAGCAGUUCUACUAAUGAGCCAGGAGCUAAUGAGCAGCCAGUCCCUGCCUGAUCCCUGCAGGAUCGAUCACAAGUUACUCUCCAAAGGACUGGCCCGGCUUCAAACAGGCAGGGGGAAGAUCGAUGGGGCAACGAGCUGCUGUGAGCUCAGGCCAGCCCAGGGCUGCUGGGUGUGGGCAGCCCCUGCCCUGCCCGCCCUCCUGCAGGCUCCGAGGGCCCAGCCCCAGGGAAUCCCUGCUCCCCAGCACAGGGAACGGGUCAGGUCUCACCAGCUCAGCCUGCGUUCUGCUCUUGACGUGUCAGCCACCUGCAACGUGCUUUGCUGUGCUGGUGGCUCCAGCCCCUGGAGAAUAAACUGCUUUG